UCUUACUCUGCUGUAAAAUAUCGUCCAAUGAGAACUCUGACCGGAGUCUUAGCGAUUGUUUUAUAAACAAUUUAACCCCUCAGCAUUCAAGGGAUGUUUAGACCUAAUAAAGCGCUUAGUGUGAACAGCAAACGUCUCCUCUAUUAGUUGUUUUUUCUAGAAUAAAGCGGUUCUUAUUCUGCGUUAUACAUUGGGAUAUCUGAUCUUCUAUACCAGUGUGGAGAGAUCCCAGUGUCCGUCCUUCAUGAAGACUUCGGCCGGAGAACUUCUGGAAUGUAAUCUUAUCCAUCUAGAUUUGGAAUUAACGCUUGAUCGUGUGAAUAUAUCGCUAAUAACAGAGUAGCUCAGUAAUAGUCCGGUCCCUGACUUUGCUAUUACGGUGCAGAGCUGGAUUGUUGUAAUAAUCUGCUGGGUGUGACCAGGGGUCUAUGGGGGAUGAAGCUUCAGACAUAGAGCUGAUGUGAUGAGCGGCUUUUUCUUCCACAGAGAUGACUGCGGUUUCGUUACAUUGUAGAGACUUGCGGUACCUGCUGUGCCCCGAGCACAGAUUAUUAGGUCCCGUCCAUCCCUAUAGGACUCGUUUCCUUGUAGAAUCUUGGCGGCCCCGAUAAUCACUGAGAUACACAGAUGUCCCUGUCAGUGAUGUCCCCGUCAGUGGUCCCAGCCAUUGGACACCGCAGUCUCCUUACAGCUGUGAAUUAAUGUCUUUGACUGAUAUAAUGAAAAUAAAACAAGGAACAGAAAAUGUGGACACUAAAGAGUUAAUGUACGGAUCUAUAGCUCUGAUACUUAGUACCGAUCGGAUGAUAACGGAGCUUUGGGGAUUUUUUCUUUUCUCCUCCUCAUCCAUGUAAUAACAGGAGCCCCCUCAUUGGUGCUUAUUCCCGGUGACUGUAUACGGAGAGUGCCGGCAUCCGCAGCCUGAGAAGGAGCCGCCUGUAUAUGAGAUCACAUAACACGGGACAAUUGUCUUCUCUCCCAGAGCGGAGAAUUACAGGGUGAGCGGGAAAUUCAAAAUCAACUAAGCUUUUGUGUUCAGCCAAUCAAAAGAGAAGGGGAGGGGCCGGGAAUGUAAAUUAUUAAAGGAAACGCCCAUGAUGACGUCAUCUUGUUUGAGUUCUCCGUCUGGUCCGCCAUGUGCUAUAUAAACCAGGACUCCGCUCCUCAGACAUAAUUCAUUCUAUUCUCAAUCAGCAGGAUGUCGGGACGCGGUAAAGGAGGGAAAGGUCUCGGUAAGGGCGGAGCCAAGCGGCACAGGAAGGUGCUCCGGGAUAACAUCCAGGGCAUCACCAAGCCUGCCAUCCGCCGUCUAGCUCGCAGGGGAGGUGUGAAGCGCAUCUCCGGCCUCAUCUAUGAAGAGACCCGCGGUGUCCUGAAAGUCUUCCUGGAGAACGUCAUCCGUGACGCCGUCACCUACACCGAGCACGCCAAGAGGAAGACCGUCACCGCUAUGGACGUGGUGUACGCCCUCAAGCGCCAGGGCCGCACUCUCUACGGCUUCGGAGGUUAA